AAGGGAGGGCACUUCCCGUCCAUUUGGCUUGCCUGCCAGCUGGAUGGGAAGGGUAAAAAUGCCUCCCUCCCAGCUCUGCCACCCGAUGAUUCUAGGCUGAGAUUCCUGCCGGCCGGGGUUGGGCUGGAUCACCUUGGGGGGGGGGGUCCCUUCCAAGAUUCAAGAAGGCAAGCAAAGUUCUCCCUGCUCCCCUCCUGUGUGGCAACUUGGCUCUCCCUCACCGCUACGCCCAGGACCAUCCAGCGCGACUGCCGGGGAGAUGAGGAUUUGGUUCUUCACCAGGAAGAUGGCAGCAAGCAGCUUGCUGGUGCCAGUGCUGCUCUGGCUGUCCUCCCUGUGGGCCAAAGUUGCCAUGGGGUCCCCUUUCCUGCUCCCUGCUCCCGAGAACACAUCCGAUCGAGGGCUGCCUGCUCUGUGGGGAACGCAGUCAUCGGGGGACAUUCUGCAGUGGCACACGGGAUUCCCAGAUCUAUGGGUCACCCCCCUGGAAGACCUUAAACCUCCUGCCCAGCCAGUCAUCCGCAGAGAGCCUUCUCCGCAAAAGCCAGGCAUCCGCUUAUCAUGCCAGGUGCCAUGGGGCGCAGUGGAUGCCAUCGAAUGGAAAAGGGAUGGGAAACCGCUCUCCGGGGGCCAAAGGGAUGUUGUUCUUCUCCUCCCCGGGAUGGAGACGUCCCACUGCGGCUCGUACUCGUGCAAUGCCAGCAAUCGCUGGGGCUGGAAGGAGUCGCCCCGGCUGGACGUGACGGCAGGGAUCUCCAUGAUGCUGGGGGUGGCCUUCCAGCUCUCCGCCUCAGCCCUGGUGAGUGCUGCUUUCUCCGGAUGGGGGAUCCUCUUGCCGUUGUGUCAGCCCCACAAACUCCGAAUCCGAGGAAAGGCCUGGAAGUGGCUCAGCAUCUACGUCAAUGGACUGACAGGCUUGGCUUCAGCCCUGGCCUUCGUGGCCCUGAUCCUGUGGAGCUACGAUCAAGGACUCUCGGCUGCCCUCAUCCUGCCUCUCUUCCUGCUCCUCUACGUCGUCAUGGUCACCCUGCUGGUCUUGGGCAACGUAGCCUUCAGCCUGAACACGAUCCACCAGAUCACCGACCCAGCAGCUCAGCGGCUGGUGGACUUCAGCACCCCGACGGGGGUGAUCUUGGUCGCUGUGACAUGCAGUCUCCUCAUCAGGCAGGUCGUGAAGUUGGAAGAGCAAGGAUGCGCUACACCGGUGGACUUGACGCCUGUCGUCGCAGGAACUGCCGGGAUGUGCUUCCUCCCCUUUACAGCGAUUGUUGCAGUCCAUUGUGCAGAUAUGAAGAAGAGGACGGCCGAAGACCGAACCUCCAGAAGGGAAAAUUGGAAGAAGGCCAUCCAGAGCGGGACCAUCCAGUUCCUCUGAGCCGGCUCCUGUGCUCCCUCCUGUAUCUCGCCAGAUCUUUCCUGCCUGUGUCCCCUCUAAAGGAAUUCUCUCCAAACCGAACCCACAGUGCUAAUAAAAAUAUUUUUAAAAUUCCU